AUGAUCGUCGACUCAUAUACGGAGUAUGCUUAUAAUCAUUUAACGCUUCUUGAAUCUAAAUUAGCCGAAACACAGAAGCAACUCAAAACUUCACCUGCAUCUUCUGAUCUCCGUGUACGCAAAAAUGCACUAGUCACAAAACUCAAACAAUUCAAAGACGAAUGUGAACUGGAUGAGAAAACUAUUAGUAGUUACGAACGCUGUUUAUGCGAUAUUUGCGACGAUGAAAUUGAGUUUGGCGUUGCGCGAUAUCACUGUGUAGACUGCGCCGAUUUUGACAUUUGUCUCAAAUGUGCCAAGACUCAAGAUCAUAAACACUCAAUGUUCAUCCAACGGUGCUUCACCGACGAAUAUCAGACGAAAGUGAAACGCGGCUCUAGUAUCAGCGAUAUUUUGAAUCGAGCAUUUCAUUGCUACUGGAAUCGACCAUGUUUCUCUCUGACACCAUUUAUAAGAUGGUACACAUUUGGUGACAUCUAUGGCUUCGUACGCUCGUUUAGUACUCGACUGGUAACUGAUUUCGAUUUAAAAGCAAGAGAUUUUGUUAGCAUAUGUGGCAAUGUGUCUAUUGAAUGGCUGGUCGCUGAUAUUGCCUGCGUAUUUCAAUCCCUUGUCACGGUACCAUUGCACACGAACAUGAUUGAUGAUGAUCUCAUUAAAGUAAUCAACAAUUGUCAGAUUAAAUGCGUCAUUUGCACGUCCGAAGAACUGCAGAAAAAACUUCAAGCUCUUCAAUGUCCUUCGUUAAAACAUGUCAUUUUAUUUAAAAACGCUGAGGAUCAUUUACUUGACCAUGCCGAUUGGAUAGACAUUAUACACAAAACCGUGGAUACUGAAAAUGACCUUUUAACUAUUAUACAUACCAGUGGAAGUACCGGCAUUCCGAAAGGUGCCAUGUUCACCGAAAAAUUGUGGAAAUCAUUUAUCAGCACUACACUUUCCACUUUAACACCCCUUGUUCAGCUAGCAUUCGAACCCCUCUGUUCUAUGUCAGAAAGAGAAAAUGUCUAUUUCACUUUUUGCAGUGGGGGCCGAACAGGAAUAUGUGCUGAACCUGACAGAAUAUUCGAAGAUAUUCGUCUGUUACAACCGUCUAGACUGGGCUGUACACCUCGAUUCUGGAAUGUUUUAUUCUCGGAAUUUCAAUGUGAAUAUGCGGCACAGGUAGAAAAACAUCCACAGGAAGAUCCUGAUUUGAUUCGAGAGCGAAUAACAGUUCAGUUUCGAUCCAUGUUUGGAACGCGUUUGUUGGGUGUAUCUACGGGUGGAGCGCCAAUAAGUGAUACAGUAAAACAAUUUAUGAUUCGAUGUUUUGGAGCUCACAGAGUGUAUGAAGGCUAUGGAUGUACAGAAGUGGGCGACAUUGCCGAUGGUGACGGCAGUUUGUGUGCAGGUGUAAAAAUCAAACUUGAAGAUGUGCCCGAAUUAGGUAAAGAAGAUUUUUCAGCGUCAGAAGUUCAACUUUUGUUUAACUUCUCAUUCACCCAGUGA